AUGGAUAAGCAUCCUGAUCCCAGUCUAAUCCCCGCAUUCCCUUCCGCAGCAGCGCAAAACAAUGCACGCUCUCUUGCUGGGACCGCGCUGGCGCUCCAUGGUAUUGCCCUCAUGGUCCUCGUAGUCGUCAACUCUAUCCUCCUCCUCGCCGCAAUUCCCUACGCCUUCGGCCACUCACCCACAUCCUUCUUUCUCUCCGACGCCCAAGACGCGUUCAGACAUGCUACUAUUGCGCAGCCCAUCUGGGCAUGGGCAAUGGCUGCUAUCAAAACCUCCUUCGCCCUCAUGCUGUUGCGUAUCGAGCAGUCCAAAAAGCUUCGCCGCUUCCUCUGGGCCAUGAUCGCCCUUCAAAUGGCUCUCGGCGUGUACAACACGCUUACCAUACUCCUGCAAUGCUUUCCCUUCUACAAAGCCUGGGACCUCAUUGGUGCCGUGCCGGGCACUUGCUGGAGUAGGAGAGCCCAGUCAAUCAGUACUAUUGCCGUAUCUGUACUCAACGUCCUUACCGAUUUCGCCCUCGCUAUGAUGCCCAUCUCCUUCUUGCGCAAGAUACAGCGGCCGGUCCGCGAGCGCAUUAUUGUCGGCGGAUUGAUGGGUCUGGGCGUUUUCGCCGGCGUUGCCUCCAUUCUCAAAAUUGUUGCUGCCGCGCAGUUUGGACGCACCGGCGACCCCACCAACGAGAGCAUCAAGAUCGGUAUGUGGUCUGUAGUCGAAGAGUUGGUUGGAAUGAUUGUCAUCUGCAUCCCAUGUCUUCGCUCCCUGUUUCAGCACGUGCUGGAGUACUGUGGCGUACUGACUGUGCGCGUUCGGCAACACACGUACACGCGCGGAUAUGGCAGAACAUACGAUCGAAGCGAAGAAACGAAGAAGUCAAGCCGAAGUCAGAGCCGAAGCCGUUUAGCGACUGUCGUUGACGGCGAACACGAUGCGGGUUUCAAACUAGAUAACAUUCGUACCGAGGGGUCGGAGGACAACAUACUACACGAGUCUCCUACGCGAAGGGGUGGAAUCUGGUGCACCAAAGAAGUAAUGGUGGAAAAUGAUAGGCUUAGUCGGAUGCCGUCGUAUGAGAGGCCGGUUGGUGGCCCAGAUGCGAGCUGGCAUGAUGAACCGUUUGACCUGGACAGAAGAGACCUUGGUAGAGUCUAG